AUGGACUCAACAACUACGUUGUUGUUGCUGUUCCUUCUUUCAGCUUCAGUUUGUUGCCAUGGUUCUAUUAUCGUAUCCAAGGAUGGGAGUGGAGAUUAUACAACGGUGGGUGAAGCCAUUUUGAAUGCUCCGGACUUGAGUGACAAACCUUACACUAUUCACGUUCGACAAGGUACUUAUGAAGAGUACGUAGUCAUUCCUCCUGAGAAGACUAAUAUUAAACUCGUUGGAGAUGGACCUCAACACACCAAAAUAGUUGGCUACCAAAACGGUUUCACCAUAGAUAUCCGUGGAGAAGGGUUCAUGGCAGAAAACAUGGGAUUUGUGAACUGGGCAGGGCUAAACGCAAGCGCUGCAGUGGCGGUUCGGAACGAGGCGAACAAGAGCGUAUUCUUCCAAUGCUCCAUCGAAGGAUUCCAAGACACGCUGUGGACGGUUGCGGGGCGACAAUUCUACAAAAACUGCGACAUAUAUGGCACCGUUGACUUCAUCUACGGCGACGCAGCAGCAGUGUUUCAAGACUGCACGGUGUACGCGCGUUAUCGCGAGUACGUGACGUUCACUGCUCAGUCACGAGACGACCCAAAGGAGAAAACAGGGUUCACAUUCCAAAGAUGCAAGUUCACUAUGUCCCCUGAGGACUCCCACAGAAAAUCAGAGGUCCAUGCCACCUUGGGCCGUCCCUUGAGGCCCUAUUCCACAGUGGCCAUCUUACAGUCUUUCAUUGACUCCAUGGUGGACCCUAAAGGUUGGGAGCCCAUGCCCCACCAGCCCACUGACAAAGCCUCCUACAUCGAGUUUGAAAAUGUUGGGCCGGGCUCAAAUACUGAUCAAAGAGUUGACUGGCCCGGUGUUAGACUCCUUCACUACCCAAUCCAAGCAGCCCCUUUCACUGCUUCCCGUCUCUUGGACGCCGACUCUUGGAUCCCCUCCACCGGUGUUCCCUACGAUAAUGGACUCUAG